AGCCGCCAUCUUCUGCGCACCUCGCCUGCGCAAAACACAUGGGAGACACACCAGUGUGCUCGCGGACCCGCUGGUUUAGAGUGCACCCACCACUUCAGUUCGUUUGCGUAGGCCUAACAAACGUAGGGAAUUUGUGAAUCAUUGUAAUCUGUAGAUAAUAGUUGUAAGCCCCCUUCGCAACGCCUGCACAUAGGAUAACCCUUUCCACUACACGAAGAGACAACUACUGGUUCUCUUCACGCCCCCAGGCUCAAUCUCUCUUUAGCCUCUCUUACGUCCCUUCGCAACAAACCAGGAAAUGGUCAUGGAAGCCCCACCUACCCCACAGUGCGUGGGACGGGAGUUUGUUCGUCAGUACUACACUCUGCUGAACAAAGCCCCAGCACAUCUCCACAGAUUUUACAACAACAACAGUUCAUUCGUUCAUGGUGGACUUGACCCUCCAAACCGAGAAUCAAAACCCAUGGUUGGACAGCGUCAGAUUCACCAGAUGAUUCAGCGCCUGAACUUCAGGGACUGCCAUGCAAAGAUCAGCCAGGUUGACUCCCAGGCCACUCUUGGUGAUGGUGUUGUUGUUCAGGUUACUGGUGAACUAUCCAACGGAGGCCAGCCCAUGCGUCGAUUCACACAAACCUUCGUAUUGGCUGCCCAGUCUCCCAAGAAGUACUACGUUCACAAUGACAUUUUCCGCUACCAAGACAUGCUUGUCAGUGAUGAAGACUUGGACCAUGAUUCUGGACGAUCUGAAGCAGAGGAGGAUGCUGAAUCGGGAGACUUGUCUCAGCCUCAACAGCAGCCUCCCUCACAGCCUUACUACCAGCAGGUACCUCAACAGAUAAUUGGUGGUCAGCCUCCACUCAUGCAACCAGCUGUAAAUGGAAUGGUCCAUUUAGAUGAGCUUGCAUCUCUGCAGCCGGUUGCUCCUCAGGCCAUCUCUCAGCCUCCACCUCAACCUGCUGUCCAGCCAGCUACAGUUGCUGCUACUCCUGCCCCUGUCCUUGGCGCCCCACCUGCUCAAGCACCUCAGGCUCCCAUUGAAGAAACUGUCAAUGUUCCUGAAGAGACUCCAGAAGAGCCUGAAGAGCAUGUUGAGCCUCACCCAGAAGAACAAGAGGAGGAACCUGAGGGACAGUCUACUGUUCAGGAUGAAAAGGUUGAAGUCACUUUGAACGAAUCAUUUGAAGAACAAACAAGUGAGACUGUUCCCAAGACCUAUGCCACUCUCCUGAAGGCAGGCGCCUCCUUCUCUGCAAUUUCUGCAAAGACGUCCCCAACAUCUCCUCCUCCUGCUACACGCACAGAACAGGGCCCUGUAAGUACUGGACCCCCUGUGUCUCAACGCCCUGGAAACACACGACCGAUCCGUGGUGCAACUAACGUCAGAGGCAUGGGGCGCCCUUCUUUAGACAGACAGGGUGGCCGUCCUCCUUUCAGUGAUGAUGAUGGUGAGCGCAGAAGGUCUGGUCCUAGUAAUUCCAUUUCAACAUAUCCCGACUCCAACCAGCUAUUUUUGGGCAACCUUCCACACCAUGCUACUGAGGAGGAAUUGAAGAAAUUGUUUGCCCAAUUCGGACCUGUGGCUGACCUCAGAAUUCACAGCAAGAACAACAACCUUAAAGGAAGUGGGCCUCCUGGAAACAAGGUGCCGAACUAUGGUUUCAUUACCUUUGAAGACCCAUCAGCAGUCAAAUUGGUCCUUGAAAAGAGGCCAAUCAUGUUCGACCAACACCAAAAACUGAAUGUGGAGGAGAAGAAGCCCCGCAGUCGCAACGACACUGGUCCCCGGUCGGGCCCCGGCGGCGAUGGCAUGGUGGGCCGACCCAACAACCCCAUGGGCAACUCGCAGCGCGGGGGUCAGCUGGGCUCGGCUCCCCGCGGCGGUGGCGCGCUGCGCGGGCGCGGCGGUGGCAACUUGGGCCGCGGUGAGGGAGGCCCGGGUGGUCAGGGUGGCGGCCGCGGCGGCAACAUGAACGGCAACAACCGUGGCGGCUAUGGUGCUCGUCGUCAGUAAACCCAACAGGCAUUGUGCGGACGAAAUUUCUACUAAUUUCAAACAAUCAUUCUUUUUUUUUUUAAUUUUGCGUACUGAUACGAGCAGACUCGUUGGCGCCGAGUGUAACCAAGACUGCAUCGAUGAGAGUUUGCACAAGUGUUAGUAACUCUAGUCGUUAUGGGGACAUCAUGAGCAUUUAGACCUGCUCAGUUUUGGAGGGUCCUCUAUUGAAACUCCCAAGUUACUGAAAUUGGACAUAUUCUCUCCUGAGCUGAGACAUCUUUUAAUUAUUGAAAGAAAUUGUAGCUGAUCUAUUUUUAAGUGAUGGAUUCAUUUCAUUUGAAGUAAGAUAUUAUUUUUAAUGUGUCUUCAACCUUUUUUUCUUGCUUUGGUGAUUAUAACUAGCUAGCAAUUUAUUGGCAUUGGCACCAACUCAUGCCUUAGUGAUACCAUCACACUUGCAUGAUUCUAAUACACAAUAAUGGUAACUAUUUCAUUUUGUUGCCUGUUGCUGCCUCUUGAUUGACCUAAAGUGCUUGUUUUCAAUUACGGUCUUGAGAGCAGCAUUACCUGUUAGACUGAUAGUGGUACAAAAAGAAAAGGCUCAGACCUUUACUGGCUUCAUUAACUCCUGGUGAUGCCUAUUGCUGUUAUGUCAGAUUUGUGGAAAUAAUGUACUUAGUGAGUGCCAAAGGUAUUAAAGGUUUGCGUGGCUGGCCUAGUCUGAGUUCCUGUUUGGAGGUUUCGUCCAGGAGGAGAAUUCUAGGGCUGCUUGGAGCAGUUGGCAGCCACGGGUCUCAAAAAGCAAAAGAAAAAGUAAUAACUAUACUCGAUUAUACUGUUGUGCCAUCCAUUAAUACAUGUGCACUUAAAAUUUGGGACUGCAAUGGUAUUUUUUUAUUGGUAUUCUCAACAUUGAGAAGCCAACAGAAUGUUGGAUCUUGGCACAGUAUUGGUUACCAUGGAAUGCGUUUCUAUAAAAUUGUAUCUCUGCCUUAACAAAUAGUGUUAGGCAAAACAUUUUGAUCUGGUCUUGGACCAAACCCUGGUCGUUAUCUGUUGCAACCAAUUCUCACAUUCCAUCAUAAUGUUGCCGAAAAUUAGUAACAAAGUUACAAAUUUAUUUAUUGUGAACAAGAAAAAAUACUGUUUCAGUUCCAUAACGAACUGAAUGGUUGAUAGGGAAGGCUAUGUGGACCACCCUAUGGGCAAAAUGCCCCUGUCUCUAAUGCAUUGUACUACCCUGUUGGCAUUCUUUGGUGCUUUUUAAAAAAAUCUAACCUGUCUAUCUUCCCUCCUUUCCCUGUAAUCUGUAAAGCGGGCCUCUUAUGUGUUUUAUAAGGUAUUUUUGUAUGUAUGAAUGAGAUGCUGUCUGUGACUUAGGCGAUGGAGUGGCAACAGGGUAGUGGGGGCAGACUCUUUAUGAUCUAUUGACGACUUCUAUGACUGCACCAGUAGUAUGAUAAGAAUUUUGUUGCUAAGUUAUUGUUUUAAUUUAAAACAGCUGUUGUAGAUGAAGUCACCAUUAGACCAUGAAUGGAGCCUAAUAAAGGUGAAAUUGUAAAGCAGUAGUGGAGGGGACCUGUAUGAGUAUUGGUGCUGAACUACUGGAUCUGUGGUUGUCUGGGGUUAAUUUCCUUUUUGUUAUGCACUCUAAAAUAUAUUUAUGAAGGCUGUUCAGCAUUAUUUCAUGCUUUUUUAUGAAAAUGAAAUGCUAAUUGUUUUGUUUUAAAGGUCUAACACUCAAUUCACCAGUGGGUCUUGCGUAAUGGAAAUUUUAUAUUUCAAUCUGUUUUUAUUUUUUCUUUACCAAUCAAGUAUCAAUGUCUAGUUGGUAUAUCUUUAUUUCCUGUAACUAACAUAAUCACUUUUGGCCUAUCAGUUUAAAAAAUGAUUUAAAAUGAUCUUGAAAUACUUGAUAGAUUGGUGUUUUCUCGGUUAUGUAAAGGGAAUCGGAUAUCUCUUAACUGAUGGAGUUCUCUUUCUUUACUUUGUCAUUUAAGUUUGAAGUGUUUCUUAGGGUCAAUAAUUCCAUAUCAGUUGAGUGUUCUAUUGAACAUAUAUUCUGUUAAGAGUUGUGUACAAGUGCAGCUCCCUCUGAGCUAUUCUCUAUUGUCAUCUUUUCAAAAUUUAGUUUAUUUCCUUUUCUUUCUUACUGUAGAUCUAGCCGAAGUGAGCUGCACCACGAAUGGUUUUUAACUCCUCAGUUCUUCAGUGUCCUACCUAAUACUGCUAUUGCCUCAGGUAUAUAAUUUGAUGCCUUUCCCAGUCUAUCAUGUUAUUGUAGUUGACUUUUUUUUUAAUUUCCCUGUGAUAAUUAGAUGAAAGAAAUAAAAAAUGUUUCCCUUUUUGUAAA